UUUCAUAUAUGCGAUUAUUGUUUUACCCGCCACUUUCUAAACUUCUCUCCCACCAUCGAAAUUUCUACAAUCAGUUUUGAGUCUCCACUUCAUGAAUGGCACUCACAUUGCCAACUUUCUCAAACAACACAACACAAGCCAUCUCAAGCAACUCCAGAUUCUCCUUCCUACUCACCAAUACACCACCACCACCACCACCACCAACCAUUUCACAGAGAAUGUUCCCAAUCUACCACUCACUUCCCUACAAUGUGGAACCAUGUUGCAGUCACUCACCAACUCCAAAUCCUUCAGAAAAGGUCAACAAUUGCAUGCCCACAUCAUCUCUUGUGGCACUCUUCAAAACAACACCUAUCUCGAAAGCAAGCUCGCCGCCUUCUACGCGAAUUGCGGUCGUAUGACUGAAGCCCAGGUAAUUUUUGAUCGGAUUGUGUUGAAAAAUUCGUUCUUGUGGAAUUUCAUGAUCAGAGGCUAUGCUUGUAAUGAUUUUUCUGCGCAAUCCCUUGUUUUGUAUCGUGAAAUGCUUAGUUUUGGCCAAAAGCCUGAUAAUUUUACGUACCCAUUUGUUCUUAAGGCUUGUGGUUUUUUAUGUCUUGUUGAAAUUGGAAGGUUAGUUCAUAGCGAGUUGAUUGUUUGGGGGUUGGAGUCCGAUAUUUAUGUGGGUAAUUCUCUUCUUGCUAUGUAUUCGAAGUUUGGGGAUAUGGGAAUUGUGAGGAGAGUGUUUGAUAGAAUGCCCGAGAGAGAUUUGACUUCGUGGAACACGAUGAUGAUGGGUUAUGUGAAGAAUGGUGACCCAAGGGAGGCUUUGUUAACUUUUGAAAUGAUGGGAAAAGCUGGAUUACUUGCAGAUUGCGCCACUUUGCUUGGUGUCCUAUCUGCUUGUGCUGACUUAGCAGAUUUGAAACAAGGCAAAGCAAUCCACGGUUAUGUUCUACGUAAUAUUUCUGUACACGGUAAUAAUUUUCUGAUCAACUCUUUAAUUGAAAUGUACUGCAAGUGUAGUUCAGUUUUAGCUGCAAGACGAGUUUUUGAGGACUCGAGAUUGAAAGAUACUGUCUCGUGGAAUUCCUUGAUUUUGGGUUAUGCAAGGAAUGGAGAUGCUUUUGAAAGCAUGAGACUUUUCUGUCGAAUGGUUUUGGACGGUGUGUGGCAUGAUCAAGUAACUCUUGUGGCUGUCCUUGGGGCUUGUGAUCAGAUCACAGCCUUGCAAUUUGGCAUGUCCGUGCACUCAUAUGUAGUUAAGACAGGGUUUUGUGCAAAUGCUAUGGCUGGAACUGCCCUCAUAGACAUGUAUUCUAAAUGCGGAAGUUUAGCUUGUUCAGGUCGUGUUUUUGAUGAGAUGCCUAACAAAACUUUGGUUUCUUGGAGUUCUAUGAUUGCCGGAUGUGGGUUUCACGGAAAGGCAAGGGAGGCUCUAUCUGUUUUCCACGAAAUGAAAGCGAACAAUAUUAUACCAGAUGAGGGUGUUUUCACCUCCGUUUUGUCAGCUUGUAGUCAUGCAGGAUUAGUUAAUGAGGGUAAAGAAAUUUUCUCUAGCAUGACAACCGAAUACAAUGUUAAGCCUGCACUUGCUAACUAUUCCUGUUUGGUAGAUCUUCUUGGCCGAGCAGGGCGUUUAGAUGAAGCAUAUGAGUUCAUACGAAAGAUGGACGUUAAACCCACCAGUGAUAUCUGGGCUGCCCUCCUUUCCGCUUGUAGGCUCCAUCGAAAUGUUGAGCUGGCUGAGUUUUGUGCCCAAAAAGUGUUUGAAAUGAACCCUAAAGCAGUGGGCAGCUACAUUUGCCUGUCCAAUGUGUAUGCCGCGGAGAAAAGAUGGGAUGAUGUAGAAAGAGUGAGAGCCUUGGUAAGAAGGAAGAGACUGAAGAAACCACCUGGCUGCAGCUUUGUCGAGUUUGAUAGGAUGGUUCACAAGUUCUUGGUUGGAGACAAGUCACACCCGCAAAUGGCAGAGAUAUAUGCCAAGUUAGAAGACUUGUGUCAACAACUCAAGGAAGCUGGAUAUGAGCCUGAUACAAGUUCAGUGUUUUAUGAUGUUGAAGAAGAAGUGAAACAGAAGAUGCUUUGGGAUCAUAGUGAAAGACUGGCCAUUGCAUUUGCUCUGAUUAACACUGGUCCAGGGACCAUAAUUAGGAUUAUGAAGAACCUUCGAAUAUGCGGAGAUUGUCACACAGUAACGAAACUCAUUUCCAAGCUCACUUGUCGAGAGAUUAUUAUGAGGGAUAUUCAUAGAUUUCACCACUUUAAAGAUGGAUUUUGUUCUUGUGGUGAUUAUUGGUGAUUGAAUCUUUAAGCAAAAUGUAAUUGCACAUUUUGAGCAAGUAGUGGGAAAUGUAGCAGAUUCAAAAGAUGUAUCUGAAUUUGUUCAAACAAAUCGCAGAAGAAGUUGAAGAACAAUUUAUUUGAAUAUCGACUCUGUUACUGUUCAAACUCUAAUGAUUUUGUGUUAAACAAUACUGGUCUAAUAUUUUUGCAGUAGGACGAAAUUUGUGUGGACAAUGUGAGACAUGG